UUUAUAAUAAUGCGGUUUUUUUAUUAUAUUUUUUUAACCCCACCUCAUUUUUUUUUAAAUUAUAAUAAAAAUACGAUUAAUCAUACAAGCUGACUGGUUGCAUUAGUUUUAAAGAGAAGGGGAUAAAACUGAAAUUUUAGAAAUUUCGCCGGCGAGGAGGCGGCGUUUAUAUAGAUCCUGCUUCAGAACUCAUUGCGACGGUGACAAUGCCGCCAAUGGAAAGGUCAGAAAUCGGAACCCUAGAAAAAAUUCCGAUUUGGCCAACGAACGCCUCAACGGUUAACCGCCGAAGAAGGCCGCUCAGGAGCCGGACUGUCGAUACACUUCUUCAUAUCCUGUCCGUUUGCUAUGCCGAUUCUUCUCAUAUCACUCAAAAUUCAGAUAAGGAUGACACUCAUGUAGGAUCAAUCAUAAUAGAUGAUCUUCCCUCCACUUGCACCAAUAUCAAAUCUACUGAUUCAGAACAUCAAGAAGAAACAAAUGUAGAUGAAACCAGAGUGAUUUUAGGUACCCAAGAAGAAAGUUUAUGUAAUACUAAUUUACACGUGGAACCCAUUGAACAAGAUCAUAACAUAUCAGAAGAAAGUUUGGAUCUUUCUUCUCCUCAUUUAGACACAAAUAAAGAUGUUGAAGAAGGAGAAAUUUCAGGAGAGUUUACAAAUUUGGUCCCUGAAGAUGAUGAUGUGGAAUCUAUGGACAAAACAGGGUCAGAAGAACAUGAAGAUUUCACUGUGUCUGCAAAUAACUUAAUAAACAAUGCAACCAAGAAUCAAGAUUUUGGAUUCCCAAUUAAGGACAAUGGUGCCCAAAAUAAUAAAAAGAGACAGAGAUCUUGCAAUGAUGAAAAAAGAACAAACAAAAAGGCAAAAAAGUCUGUUGACCAGUCAACAUGUCCGGAAGGUUUAACAAAAACUGGUGAAAACCCUGAGGAUGCUUCUUCAAACAAGGAUGCUGAUACUAAGAAGAAAGAGAAACGGGUUUUAACUGCAGAAAGAAAAGCAAAGAAAAAGCGAAAAGAAAAAAUCAAACGUGCAGAAAAGAACAGGAAGCUUGGUGUCAAAAGGCUGAAACUUCAACCAAUGAUAAAACAGAAGAAAAUUAUAUAUUGUCGUCAUUACAUAAAUGGAAGAUGCCAUGAGGGUGAGAAUUGUAAAUUCUCUCACGAUACAACCCCCUUAACAAAAUCCAAGCCAUGUUGUCAUUUUGCACGCCAUUCUUGUAUGAAAGGUGAUGAGUGUCCAUUUGAUCAUCAACUUUCAAAGUAUCCCUGCAAUAACUAUCUUUCAAAAGGCUUUUGCCCACGUGGUUCAGACUGUAUGUUCUCUCAUGAGGCACAACCAAGUGAAGCCUCCUUAAACCCCUUAAACGAGUCAACUUCUGUUCAAGUUCAACCACCAAAAGGUGUAACUUUUAUUUCACGUGAAAAAAUCGACACAAAACCAAAAUCGUCUCCUCAACCACCGAAAGGUAUAAGUUUUUUAUCGCAAGAAAAGUUACCGGUAGAAGCCCAAUCGUCUCCUAAGAUUGGGAAGUCUCCGUUGAGCAAGGCGGAGGGUAUAAUCGUAAAUGUGGAUGAUGGGGUUAAGGUUGUCAAACAAAUUGACAACAAUGAGAAGAUAAGGACAAAUUCAGAGUCUAAACCAAUGCAUGUGCUGCCAUUUUUGUCGAGUGCUUCGCGGAGAACACUCGAGUCAACUUUAGCUUUUGCGGCUAAGUUUGACUCCGAGUGGCUGUUGAGUGAUUUUGGUUCAUAUAUACAACAAAUGAAAAGGUAUCCGAAAGGCGAAAUGUAGUUUUAAUUUAUAUCUUCAGAUAUUUGUAUCUUUGGUCCAAGCUUCACGUAGCUUGAGGGAGCAUAUUGAACUAAAUGUAAAUCUUAGUGGUUGUAAUUUAGUUAUGUCUCAUAGGCCAGGGGUCCUUAUGUAACUUUAUGUCCAUAUAGCCUUAUCAUUGAUGAAUUAUUGUGAUAUUAACCUCCAAUUGAAGAUUAAUGUUAUUAAAAUAACCAUAUUGAGAG